AUGAUUCCCAUCUCCAGCGUAUUCUCGCAUCUUCCUUGUGCUGAUGGAUACAAAUGCAACAGACCUUAUUGUAGAUACAAUCACAAUGGUAAAUCUUAAAUUUUGAUACGAAAAGAUUGAAAAACGUCAAUAGAAUGUAUGAAUAAUAUAAUUUGAAGUUUUUAUUAUCUUUUGAUUAGUAAAUAAAGGUAAAAACUUGAAUUAUGGAUAUCGAAUUUUGAUUUUAUAAAUUUUGCAGUUUAAUGAUGUGUAAUGUAAAUUUUGUAGACGAUAUCAGCACGCCGCGCAGUCCAGAACCGGUGGAAGAUGUUCAGCGAUCCCCUACCUUUGCAGACCUGUUUGACGAUGUAACUCCAGAGAUUCCGGUUGUGAUUCAACAGGAAUCUUACGAUGAUUUCGAUUAUAAUGGAUAUUAUGCACACGAUGAUCCACAAUAUGCGGGAUAUUCGGCGUCUGGCUCUAUGUACAAUCCUGAAGAUCCGUUGGGAAAGAAAGAAGCUAAUGCUAAGAAAGCGGCUAAAGUAAAACCUCAGGCAAGUUCAAUGUUUUGAAUUCUACGUUCUGCUUUUAGGUGUAGCUCAUGAUGAACAUUAUUCGGCCGAUUUAUGGUUGAUUUCUUCCUUUACCGCUGAAUUUUUAGGAGAAAAAGAUAGAGUACAGUAUGUUGGAUAAACCAGCAUUGCCAGCGGACCUUGGAGAAGACGAUAUCCUCAUGAAUUUGCAUCCAGAAGCCAACAAACCUAAAACAAAGAAGGAUAAGCCUAAUAAUGGUCAAAAAUUGAAGUCAGCGCCAAAAUUGGCCAGGCCAACAGAGCCAAUCAAGUUGCCUAACCUUCCUGAGCCUUCUGUGACGCCUUCGGAACCGCUGAAACGGAAGAACAGCAAGGAACUAGAGGAUUCGUCAAAGAAACGGAAGAUAACACAAGAAGAGCUUGAAGAACUGGAGAAGAAGGCGAAACUCUUUGACAUGUACAUGAAUAACAUGCAUAAAGUGUCGGAUAUUGAUGCACAGAUCAAGGAGAUUGAGCAGAGGCGGGUAGGGUUUAAAAAUUCAUUGAGUUUUAGGUUAAUUUUGGCAUGUUAUCUAUGGUAAUAUCAGAUGAAUCACUGUUUUUGUUAUAAAUGUUUUGAAAAGAUAGCUAGAGCUUUGAAUUUUGGUUCAGUUCUAGAAAAUUGAUAUAUCUAACGAAUAUAAGAGCAAGAAUUUUGAAAUUCACGAAGCUUUACUUUACUUUACUUUAAAGUUAUCUAUAAUAUUUGUAGAAAAAUAAUUUGUUUUUGCAGAAUCAACUGAAAAAUGAUCCAAGUUUUGUUGAUUCGUUGUUUGAAGGUGAAGUAAGUCAUCUUUAAUUGUAUUUUUAGUAUUUAAAUUUUAUUUUGUUAUACUUUUAUUAACAAAAAACUACUUUCAGCCUUUAAAAACGUUGGAAGAAGACGUUCCAUCUACUUCAACAUCAACAGUCAACAAAGUGCCGAUCAUAACAGCGAAUUCACUAGGCAGUAGGAUUACAAAUGGCAAGAUUACAGCUCGAACUCAGAUGUUGAAUCGAUUGGAUGCGGCACAAAAGGCCAAUCUGGCCAAGAGGAAUGAACCGGUCAACAUUAGUUUAAUGCUGGCGGCUGAAAAGCGUGCAGUCAACUCAAAACCAAGUACAAGUACAGCGAAUAACAACAGGAGUACUGGGAUUGCAGGAAGAGUAACAAAGCCGACAUUUGGUGCUAAUAGGACUUCUAGUUCUACUGUGGCCAAAGGAGAGACUAGGAAGGCGCAUACUGGGACUGUAAGUUGAUAUGUUUCAAUUUUAGUGUAAAAAAGUUUAAACUUUUUAUAUGUAAUUAGCUAAAAAAGCAUUUUUUGAAGUAAAAUUAACAAGCAAUGCAUAAAAAAUGGCAGCAUAAGCUCUACAAUGAUAAAAGGAAUAUUAUACUAGAGGUCUGUAUAGUAGCCUACCUUGUUUUUUUUAUAACUUUUUUAAAAGUAACCUAAUGUUAUAAAAAUUUGUGAAUUUUUAGGUAAUUCAAUUAUUUAACAAUAUCAAAAAACAGAAUUUUAAACUGUGCAAGAGUAAGGAUGUUGCAGUAAUUUUCUCGUAAUCUGAAUUUUUUAAACCUUUUUUGACUUUUUUAAAACCUAAUUACAAUUUUUUAAAUGAGUUUAAUGAAAAAGGAGUUACAAGUAUUCUAAAAUACGAAAAAUAGUAUGGCAGCGUCUAUUUUAUGAUAAUAUCCUUCUUUUUUUGUUUAGCAUUUUAAAAUUAACAAGCGAGCACUAAUAAAUACACCUUGGGUUAACUAGACUUAUAAAGGAUCAAAGAGCAUAAAAAAUUACCGGGAAACCUAUUUCAUAAAUUUUUAAAUGUUCUUGGAUUGCGAGUUACAGUACCCUCAAUUAUCUUACAUGUGGGAUAAAGAUAUAGUUUUAAAAUUUAAAAAAUGAUUUUUUUGGAUAACAUUUUCACCCAAAAAUAACGGAAAGCAAAAAUGAUGACUGAAAAUUAUUUUUUAAAUCAAAAUAUUGUUUGGCUAGCCAAAACGUUUUGUCUUGGGAAACAUUUUUAUCAACAAAUGUCAUUUUUUGAAUUUUUAAAGCUAUACCUACAUAUAAGAACCCAUUGAGCGUCUUGUAAAUCGCUAGCCAAGGCCAUUUAGCAGUUUUUGAAUAUGGUUUGUUAGGUAAAUUUUUCUGCUCAUUUAUCCUGUAUAGGUCGCUUAUCAACACCCGAGGGAUGUAUGGUGCAAUUCCCUAGUAAACUUAAAGCUUAUUAACAAAGAUGCGCACAAAUUUUUAUCGGCAGAAGAAGCCAGUGCUCUAAAUACCGCGAUGUUGAGUUAAACUUCAUUAUAUCUUAAACGACACGACGAUGAUUGCCUUGUCUUUUAAAGUUCAAAUCCUGUUUCAGUGUGGAGAUCUUCUCCCCUUGGACAAGGAUUCGCCAAAGAUCCCGUUCGGCUUUAGAACGAAAUACCUCAAGAUGUUGUUCUGUGAGUUCGACAAGAAGAAGUUGCCAGCGCAAACGUGUGUGAAGAUGGCCCAGCGUGAAGAGAAGGCGAUCUUGGACAAAGCCUCAACUCAGAGUGGAUACACUAGUCUUAUGGUUGGAGCAGUUAGGUCGAUUCGCAAAGAAACGGUCGAUUUACAAAAAGGAACGGUCACGGAAAGUCGAGCUCAAAAAACGGUCGAUAAAUUGAGCGAAUCUACUUUCUAUAGGCUAUUGAGGGUAAGUUAAUCGAUUUUUUGUCAAAUCUUUGUAAAAAUAUUUUAAAAAAUUUUAGGUAACAUUUUUUAAAUAUUUUGAAUUUGUUUUCUAAUUUUUGUCAUUUUUAGCAAAAAUACCUAAUGACUGACGAGCUCCUAAAGUCCAAUGGCUAUCCAUGCGUAGUCAAAGUCGAUGGCAAGCCAACAGUCGAGAUUCAAAGCUGGGAUCAAAAGAAGAUAAUGUUCAUUGAGGACCAUGUACUGAAGAGAACCUGUAGUCGAUGUGGAGCCGAGUACGAGUUGAAGAAGGACGGAAGCUUCGUAAAGCCUUCGGAUUGUGAAUUCCAUUGGAAACGGGCUUACAAAGUUAGAGGUAAGGUGGUGGUUUGGGCUGAUGUGAAGGGUAAUAUUAAGGUUUUUGGCUUUACAUUGAUGUUUUUUUGGCUUAAAAUUGGGUGUUUUUGAUUUAAAAUGGAUGUUUUUAGUGUUUUUUUUUGGAUGAAAAAUGAAAUUUUAGGCUUGUUUAUAUCAAAAACCUUCUUUAAUUUUGAUUUUGUAUCUAAAAUUGUUACCUUUUUAGUGAACAAAACCCUCGAAUCCCGAUAUCAGUGCUGUGGUGGUGACUUGACUCUAAAGGGCUGUACCAUUCAAAAAGGUCACGUUCAUGACACAAUGAGAAGAUCCGUAUUAAGACAAUUUUGUCGUACUCCACCACCGGUCGAUAAUAACGACCCAAGAUCAACAAAAGUCUACGCCAUGGACUGUGAAAUGGUCUUCACUACAUGGGGCAUGUCAGUGGCCAGAUUGACAGUGGUUGACUUCAAUGAUGAACUCGUACUGGACAUAAUCAUCAAGCCGAAAGAGAAGGUGCUUGAUUACAACACCAAGUUCUCGGGAUUGACUGAAGAGAUGCUACAGACUGCAACACAUGACCUGGAGGCGGCAAGGAAGAAGCUAUUCGAAAUUAUCAACUCAGAAACAGUUUUAAUUGGCCACAGUUUAGAGUCGGAUCUAAGAGCCCUAAGGCUAGUCCAUCGCAAAGUCGUCGAUACUGCCAUUAUCUUCCCACACAGACUUGGCCCACCAUACAAGAGAGCCUUGAAGACGUUGGCUUCUGAUUAUCUGAACAAAAUCAUUCAAGAAGACGCCGCAGGACAUUGUUCAAAAGAAGAUUCCUCGGCCUGCAUGCAGCUGAUGUUGUUGAAGGUUAAGAGGGAAUGCACAGCUGAAUUGGAGGAAGUGGCAUUGAAAGAGGGUAAAUAG